AAUUGUGUCACGUGGUUACGCUGUCCCGCCAUUUUGUCGAGACAAGCGAGGGGAUCAGGGUUUGCCGACAAAAAUUUUCGCGUUUUUGGCCGCGGCGUAAGGGGUAGUCUGGGGAUUUCUUAUAAGCAUUCCGCGCUCACACAGAAGGCAGGAUGUCGUUUAACCGCGGUAGGCCGUUCCCAGGUCGGAACAGUAGCAAAGCUGAAAUGACCAAGUUAUACGUGGGGAAUGUGCCCCAGCCUGCACGGAAGAAGGACCUGCAGGACUUGUUUGAAAAGUUUGGCAAAGUGAACGAAUGUGACAUCAUCAAGAACUACGGCUUUGUGCAUAUGGAUAACGAGCAGGAUGCUAACGAUGCCAUCAAGGCACUGAACAACACAGAAUGGAUGGGAACAAGAAUUACUGUUGAGAUGUCCAAGAGCAAGGUGCGCACACAGCCCGGCCAGGGCAGCCGGGGAGAGUGCUACAGAUGUGGCAAAAUGGGCCACUGGUCCAGAGACUGUCCUACAGACGGGGGCAAGAGAGGCAGGGGCGGACCUUACCUCUCCCGUAGUGGUGGUGGCGGCGGCGGUGGCGGCCGUGGUCCUCCCCCGCCCGCGUACGAUGACGGUUACGACCGGGACCGGGGGGAUCGGUACGGAGAGUACAUGCAGCGGAGACUGCCCCCUCCCCCGCCAGACUACUACUACAGGAUGCGCUACAUGGACCCAGUGUAUGACAGAUACAGGGACAGGUACUAUGAGAGGCUGUCCGAAAGCAAACACAGCCGCCUCCCGCCGCCCCGUGACCCCCGUGACCUGCCUCCUCCUGGUUACCGGGCACGCAGUCGCAGCCCGCUGGGGCGCCGUCUGACUCCACCCCCUCCCAUGUACGGCCGACGAACCCCUCCCCCAAGGGGGUAUGAGGACCGGUUGCCGCUGCCCCGGAGGGAGCCUUACGACAUCCCCCCUGGACGCUAUCCCCCGGGACGAGGCUUGAGUCCCCCGGGUCGGUCAGCGCGAGUUCCUCCGGCCAUGCCACCGCGACCACGACCAUACUGAGCCACCGGUGAGACCUCGC